AUGCGGGCGGUCGUAUGGAAUGGUUCCAACAUCAAUGCCGUCACCGUAGAAGACGUACCCAUACCGACACUCCAAGCUGAUACCGACGUCCGUAUCCGUAUAACUACAGCCGCGAUCUGCGGAACGGAUUUGCACGUCAUCCAUGGUCUCAUGGGAAGCACACAGCCAUCCUGGGUUCUUGGUCAUGAAGGUACCGGUGUCAUCGAGUCUGUUGGCAGCGGAGUAAAUAAUCUAAAAGUCGGAGACCAUGUUGUAAUUCCAGAUGCUUGGCAUACUGGAGCUAUCAACAUGGAUCUUGCUGUGCCAGAGGGUCAGUAUGGCCAAGGUCUUGGGCUUGGUGAAGAUUUUGGGAGCUACUAUGGAUGUCAAGGCGAAUAUGUGGUUGUACCCUACGCAGAUCACACUCUCUGGAAGAUCCCCUCGGACGGUGGUGUCAACACCACUAAAGAAAUCGACUACCUUUUCACAUCGGACAUCUUCGCCACAGGCUGGGCAGCUCUUGAGUAUGCUGGAUUUCAAGCCGGUGACACAGUAGCCGUCUUUGGCGCUGGAGGAGUUGGUCUUUUGAGUGCUCAUUCUGCCUUGAUCCGCGGUGCAUCGAGAGUUUAUGUUGUAGAUUGGAUCCCUUCACGUCUUGCUCAGGCUGAGUCCAUUGGUGCUAUACCUAUCAGCUUGAAUGGAACUGAUCUCUCGGCUGUGGAACAAAUUCUCCGUCUUGAGCCAGAGGGCGUGACACGUAGCGUGGACUGCGUAGGCUAUGAAGCAGUCAAUGAGAAUCUGGAACGUCAGCCCAAUAAGGUCAUCCUAGACAUGGUUGCUGUAACCUCUGCACGGGGAGGCAUUGGCUCGGUCGGCGUCUACGCUUCACCCGGUUCGACGCCGGGAACCCCGCUGGGAAAUAUCUCGGAUACAGUCGAAUUCCCCAUCGUGGACUUCUUUGGAAAGCGACUGACCUACGGAAUUGGACCGGUAGAUCCCAAGAUGGAGGCUCCAUAUUUGACGCAAUUGAUUGAGACUGGAGUUGCUCACCCUGGAUUCAUUGUCACUAGUAUUAUCGACAUCGAAGAUGCUCCGGAAUACUACCAGCGCUUCAACGAACACCUGGAGACGAAGAUUAUCAUUAGAUUCCCGUGGGCUUAA